AUGAACCAGACUUCAGACUGUUUGGCUACUCCAGGCCAGACUCACUGCUAGACUGACUGACUCCAACUACACUCUUAGGGUUAGGGUUAGGACUGGUUCAGCAGGGUUCCCCUAGUGGCCAGGAGGGAACUCUACAGGCUGUACGAACCAGACUUCAGACUGUUUGGCUACUCCAGGCCAGACUCACUGCUAGACUGACUGACUCCAACUACACUCUUAGGGUUAGGGUUAGGACUGGUUCAGCAGGGUUCCCCUAGUGGCCAGGAGGGAACUCUACAGGCUGUAUGAACCAGACUUCAGACUGUUUGGCUACUCCAGGCCAGACUCACUGCUAGACUGACUGACUCCAACUACACUCUUAGGGUUAGGGUUAGGACUGGUUCAGCAGGGUUCCCCUAGUGGCCAGGAGGGAACUCUACAGGCUGUACGAACCAGACUUCAGACUGUUUGGCUACUCCAGGCCAGACUCACUGCUAGACUGACUGACUCCAACUACACUCUUAGGGUUAGGGUUAGGACUGGUUCAGCAGGGUUCCCCUAGUGGCCAGGAGGGAACUCUACAGGCUGUAUGAACCAGACUUCAGACUGUUUGGCUACUCCAGGCCAGACUCACUGCUAGACUGACUGACUCCAACUACACUCUUAGGGUUAGGGUUAGGACUGGUUCAGCAGGGUUCCCCUAGUGGCCAGGAGGGAACUCUACAGGCUGUACGAACCAGACUUCAGACUGUUUGGCUACUCCAGGCCAGACUCACUGCUAGACUGACUGACUCCAACUACACUCUUAGGGUUAGGGUUAGGACUGGUUCAGCAGGGUUCCCCUAGUGGCCAGGAGGGAACUCUACAGGCUGUAUGAACCAGACUUCAGACUGUUUGGCUACUCCAGGCCAGACUCACUGCUAGACUGA